AUGUCCAAGUCCGACCUCUUCUUUCCCGCCGAGUCCGACGAGGAGGAAGAAGAGUUCCAGUUUGUCCCUGCGGGUCCGUCGUCGCAGUCCUCGCCGAGGAAGACAUCGCGAUCGAGCUCCACCAAGGAGAGCCUGUUCAUACCCGAGGACGACGACGUCGUUGCGGUCGGCGGUACUUCUUCCCCUCAACCGUCGAGCAGCAAACGGAAGGAGAUGGAACCAGCCUCGUCACCCCCAGAAUCCGGUAUCCGACCCGGGUUUGUGCGCGGCUACCUUGGCGAGUUUGUCUGCGAGGGCUGGUCCCUGUCCAAGGGGAAGGGAUACUGUUCUCCUGGCAGUAAGAUCGUCUUUGAGCGCCCGAAUCAGAAGAAGAACACAGCCAAGAACGACGACGGCCACCAGAAGAUCGGUCCAGCGCGCUUAGUCAACGGCAAGAUGGUGCAGGCCAAGUCGAAGAUUGGAGGGAAGCAGAUGUCCUUGAAGUCUAUGAUGGCGAAGAAGCCGCCGCCGGCUCCCGUCAGAAAAGCCCAGCAAAAGGCUAAAGUCGAUCAGAUCAUUCGUUUUAGGAAUGAGAGGGGAUUUGUUGGACGACUUUCUGUGACCGACGCGUCCUACCUGGUUCAUUUACUUGACAGUGGUAUCAUCGAACUUGAGGGUCACGUCAUCGACUGCCCGCAAGUGCUCUCGACAGGAUCGACAAUCCUGUUGAACGUCAGGGUGUACCUCGCGAGGAAGGGUUUCCGCAAGGUUGAGAAGAAAGACCGCUCAGAGGCUGGUACCUUCUGGCAGGAGCAGCAAGAGACAGAGGAGGAAGAAGCUAUGCGCAACCGCAAGGAAGCCUUGGGAUCACUCUUUGGAGUCAAGCCACUGCAAUCGAACUCGUUGAUUCAAGCUCAGAAGAAGGGCGCAUCGGCUGCCGCCAUCAUAAACGAGAAAUCACUCAAACAUUUCGAAACUGGAAAACAGUCUCCUCGCAAGGGAUCUCCGAGGAAGAGCCCGAAACCUGAAUCCAAGCCACAGCGCGAUGAUGGCGACGAGGAGGAAGACAGUGGCGAUGAAGCUGAGAAGCUGGAUGAGGAGCAGAUGAAUGAGCUCGACAACAUCUACAGGAAAGCACAGAUGAAUGACGCCAAUCUGGACGAGACGGAUCCCCCAGAUUCUUUCCUCUAUACCCUGCGCCCGUAUCAGAAGCAGGCUCUCACAUGGAUGAUGGCUCGCGAAGCAGGCAAGGACAAUCUCCGCGAGGGCAAUCAGACCCUGCAUCCGUUAUGGGAGGAAUACGCUUUCCGGAAGGAGCAGGAUCCCGGAGAACCGAUCGAGAUCGAGGACGAUUCGGACUGGAUCGACCCAGCGCGCAAGUUCUACUGGAACCCAUACAGUGGAGAGCUCAGCCUCGAGCUCCCUCGUGCCGAGAACUUCUCGCGAGGAGGCAUCCUGGCAGACUCAAUGGGCAUGGGCAAGACGUGCAUGAUGGCAUCCCUCUUGCACCAGAACCGUGGUGAAGACGAGGCUGUCAGCGCCUCGCCCGUCAAGGAAGAACCCUCGGACACGAAGCGCCGCAAGUUCGUCCAGGUCACUCUGUCGAAUCAGUGGCGAGCCACGGCCAACACCCCCAAGCCGACGCGCAAGCCGCCAAGGGCAACGCUCGUUGUCUGUCCCGUAUCCUUGGCUUCACAAUGGCAAGAGGAGCUGGGAAAGAUGUCCGCCAAGGGCUCCAUGGCUAGCGCGUUGUGGUACGGAAACGAUCGCCCCGAUAUCGGCCAGCUCCUUGCUGCUGAAGGCAAAAAGAAGAUCGAUGUCGUUAUCACAAGCUAUGGCACGCUCGUCAGCGAGUUCGCCCGGUGGCAGAAGAACAAGGACAAGCCGUCGUAUGACCACAGCAGCAUCUACGACCCUCAGGUCUCCAAAGCUUGCUAUGAGCUGAAGGGCCGGUGCCGAUGGGCUCUGACUGGAACACCCAUUGUGAACCGCCUUGAAGACCUGUACUCUUUGCUCUUCUUCCGCAGCUUUGUCACCAUCCCCUUCCUCAACCGCGACCCGAAGGCGCUCAACGUUGUGCAGUAUAUCCUCGAGUCGUGCCUCCUUCGCCGCGAGAAGAACAUGCGCGACAAGGAUGGCCGUCUUGUCGUCGACCUGCCGCCCAAGACCGUGGACGUGCAGGUGUUGGACUUCUCCCGAGCCGAGCGUCAAAUCUACAAGCAUUUGGAGGAGCGCGCACGCCGACGCUUCAUCGAGCUGGAUGCGGACGGCAAGGCGAUGUCGAGCUACACGUCCAUCUUGGCCAUGCUUAUGAAGCUGAGGCAAUGCGUCGAUCAUCCUUUGCUCGUCAUGAGUAAAACAGCUACCGAAGACGACGACGGCGACAAGUUGCUCGAGGGUCGUGCCGGCGAGACGAGCGUUAAGGAGCUUCUGGCCGACUACGCAGGGCAGCGCGAGGGCUCGUCCGACGACGCAUAUGUUCAGCAAGUGCUUAAGGAGCUCGGUGAGAACGAGUCGCCCGAGUGCGUCAUCUGCUACAACGAGGUGCAGGACGAGGUCCUACUCCCCUGCUUCCACCGGGGUUGCCAGGACUGCAUCGUCGAUUACAUCGGACACUGCGAGGAUCAGGGCAAGGAAGCCUCUUGCCCGACGUGCGGCAAGGGCCCCGUCAAGGCAACUCAAUUGCGAAGUGUGCAGCGCCGUAGGAAGCGCGUGCACGCGUUCGCGGAGCCCGCGUCGCAGGACGAGACGGUUACGAUCGGCAAGGUCGACCUGGUGCAGAGCACGAAGCUGCGAGCCCUCGUGCGGAAGCUCGCACAGCUGCGGGAGGAGGAUCCGACGUUCAAAGCACUCGUCUUCUCGCAGUUCACAUCAUUCCUCGACGUCUUCAUGAUGGACACUUGGUGGAACGAGGCGAUUGAGCAGCAGGCCAUCGACCGCGUUCACCGUCUCGGCCAGAACAGGCCUGUCUUCGUCACGCGCUACAUCAUCAAGGGCACAGUUGAAAAGCGCAUUAUGAAGAUUCAACGAAGCAAGACGGCGCUCGUGAACGCGUCGCUCUCCGGCGGCGGCAAGGACAAGGGCCAGACGCUGGCGGACAUCAAAAAGAUCUUUGGUCUCGACGACGCCGACUCGGAGGACGAGGUGUACUAA